CAAGCAGCUCUAAUGCCGACCAAGUCGUGAGACUCGAGAGGCCGCUUUAGUAUCCUCGCGAACAUCGUAAAUUUACGUUAUCUAAUAUGUGGUAAUUUUGAUAUUUGACUUUGGUAGAACCGUCGGUCUAUCCAAGGUUCUCGUUUUCUUUUAAUAAUAAUAACAACAACAACAAGACAUUUAAUCAGUGCUUGCCAAAUAUUGUCGUUGCUAUCAAUGAAUACCGCACAUCGUGGAUCCAAGCGUUAUCUUCGAUGUUAAAAAAGUUUCUCCGAUUUGUAUUGCGUAUAUUUACGGGAACACAGUGCGGGUUAUAACACUACAGUAUAUACUCGCUUGUAGUGGUUCUCGCGCUCCAUGGCAACAGAGCGACAUAUUUCAUCCACUAUCGUCGGGAGUAGCAAAGUAGUGGCAGCGACAGCAGUAUCAGCUACGAGACUUGAAUCAGCAUUACUUUGUCCAACAAGGGUAGAAGAUUCUUUUCAUCUUUGAUUUUGAUAUUCUUGCGAAGAUAAAGUGUCUGGAUAAUUAAAUCAAUUGGCAGUUUUGGAUAUUAGUAGUACUGUGUAACUUGAACAUGAAGCAUCAAUCAACUCAUCGAUAAUUGUAACGUCUAUGUAUAAAUCGAUUAAACAUAAUAAAUUGGAAAAAGGAAAAAGCAUCUCUUAUUCACUAAUUGACGAUUAAGAAAAUGAGCCUUACUCUUAAUUUUUCAUCUGGCUCGACAGAAAUAUUUCGAUGAAAGUACGUAAAGUAAAACGAUAAUUUACGUUAAUAGGUAAGAUGCUGCCGCCUAUUAUGAAUAAUAUAAGCAGCGAGAUCUUAACUUUAUAUACGAGCCGAAACAGAAAUGAGACCAAUAGGACCGAAGGGACGGUGAUUCAUACUACACGGGCGAGGUAUGCUGAAAUUGGAGUGAAAAGGAACGAUACCUUUGUCGAACCAUAUUUGCAGCAUCAACAUGAGUACGAACAUCGGCAACAGCAACAAGAACAUGACAAUAUAUCCGUUCAAUCUUUGAAUUCACCGAAUUCACCACCUCUUGAUCCUCUCCAGCAACAGCUUGGGCAGCUCCAUCACGUACAAAGUGAAGAUUCGUUAAUAUCUGAAAGUACUGAUACAUCCGGCAGUAGUUCUUCAAAUUCAACUACGGAAGAAGACUCGAGCAGUGAGGUCACUUGUAACAUCAACCUCAUCGAACGUCUUAUACGCUCGCAUCCAGUCUGGUUCUUACCCGGUAUUCAACGGGCUGGAGCCUUUCACUUGCUCCAAGGAAAAGAAGAAGGGAAUUUUGUUGUACGUCAAUCCAGUCAAAGUGACACUAUGGCCCUCUCUGUAAGAUUACCACCAGGUAAAGGACCGUACAUUGAACAUUAUCUUAUUCAAGCAAACAAAGGGAAAUUAAGCUUGGAAACGAGUGAAAAUGUGUUCGACAACAUUCCCUCUUUAAUUGCUCAUUACUCUCAAUGCUGCGAUGAACUUCCGGUUCAACUGACACUACCAAAAGCAAUGCGCGAAGCUAAGAAUAGACAACAACUCUCAUCACUGGCACUUCUCGGACAAGAGUUCUGGAGGUAUCCAAUGGCAAAUUCUAAAUCAGCCGAAAGCAGCAGCAAUAAUAGUAACAUCUCGAGUCUCAGUAGUUUUCACACUGGUAAUAAUAAUAAUCACCACCGUAAUCAUAAUAAUAGCCUGAGUACAUCCGCAAUGGAAAAUAUAGUAUUAAAUCUCACUCCGAUCUCAACAAAAGAAUCUGAAAAUACGCCAUCAAUAAAUACGAAGCCUACGUUAACUUUAACUACAUUGAAACCGCGUUUACCACGUCCAAAACCACCAAAUACAUUGAAUUUAACUACCUUCAACGAUCUAUUAGAUAUUAAACGAGAAAAUAAACUAUCACCAAAUGAAAAGCUGUCUCAACGAUUAAUUUCUCCAAACCUUGUUCAAAAUUUUGUGAAAUCAUCGUCACCAUUAGUUCACAAUAUUGACGCAUACGUUGUGAGUCCAGCAAAUAAUUUAAACAGUUCCUGCGAAUUAAUAAAAGUGAAUAAAUUGAAUAGUAAUAAUUCAUUCAUUACAUCCAACAUGCAUCGAAAUAUCGCAAAUGGAUCUAAUAACCUAUCAAGAAAAACUUCACCAAACAUUAUUCAAACAUCAACUGAGGAAUAUCAUUCAAAAAGUCCCCCACCACCACCCCCGCGUUGGGCUAAACCUGGACAACAAAUGCAAGAAACAAUGCAAAAAAAUUUUUUGGUUACGACUUGCACGACAUUCACUGUUAAUCAAAAUUGCGAUGCUGAAAUUAUUGAGUCAGCAUCAAUGGAUGGAAAUACACCUCUGUUGCUGAGUCCACAAAGCGCCUAUUCUAAUAAAUCCCUAAGUUCCAAUCCCUCAUCCAAUAAAUCUUCAUCAACAAACUCAUCAUCUUCAAUACUUUCUCCGACCCCCAUACUUCUUUCAGUCUCUUCAAAACUUACUAACGGAAUUCGUACUCCUCAAGAUCUCUCGCCAAUAUCAAUAACACAAUCUGGUACGAAUAAGAUAUCGAGGCGACGUAAAGAAAGAGAUGCUCGUAAAAAUUCACAACAUUAUCAAGAAUCAGAUAUUAUGGAAUCAUAUUGUAGAAGCUCACCAGCUGAUAAAAUCUCUGAUUACGAAGACAUUUGGAAUACAGCUGAUCAUUCAAUGUCGACUAAAUCAGCAAAAAACAGCAUGUUAACGGGUAUUAUUAAUGAGACAACAAAAGAGCAGAACAAUGAAUGUGGGAAUAAAAUUGUAAAUCCUGUAAUUGUUCAAUACCAACCAUGUGAAUUAAAUAAAAAUGUACAGCAACGGCAGCUAACGACAAUGCACGAUAAGUUAAUAAUAAGAAGUGAUAAAACAUGCGUGAAUGAGAAACUCAGUUAUAAAAAAAUCACAAGCCCGGAAUUCAGUAGCUUUAAGCCUCUUCAAGACAUAAAAAAUCUAAAAACUAUAUCUGCUUCGAAUCACAUGACAAUAGAAAAGCGGCUAGAUCUUUUUUCCAAAGUUUGUAGUAGAAAUUUAGUCGAUAGACCUUCGGAUCUAACAUCACCAUGCAACAAUUUUAGUCCCGUGUUCGAUUCUAGUGAAAAUAAUAGUUCAAUAACAUCUGAAACUAAGCAAAGUAAUUCCUUGUAUGCAGAACCUGCAGAUGCUAUAACACGGCCUAUCAUCGGCUUUGUUGCCCGUAGGCAUCCUAAAACCUUAAAUAAAAUAACGAAUAAGUUUCGACAUAGUGAGCCGAGUAGGCUACAAACACAGUUGAUUACCAAUUGCAGCCUCGAAGUAACUGCAUCCCAUUCGAAUGAUUGUGAUGACUCAGAAGAGACAGAAGACAAAACUCCACUUAUUUCAUCUUCUAUGGAUAAUUUAGCGAAAAAAUUAAAUACCAAAGAACAGAAAAAAUGUUUACCUUCCGUAACCAAACCUGUUCAUCCGCCAAAGAUCAAACCUAGGAUCUUUAAAGAUACUUCAUGGACUAUAGAUUCAAGUUGGGAAUUUAUUGGUCAUGAUACUAAUGAAUGCGAACCCGAUUGUGAUUACGAUGUUGAUUACGACUCAAAUUAUAUAGGACAAAAUUUUCCAGAUGAAGAACAAGACAAAUAUAUUCUACGAAAUACUUUAACAGCACAAAGUAUCAUUUUACAAAGAUAUCCAGAAUUGCUAAUUCAGUCAGACUUAGCGGAAAGUCUUUACAGUGAUCGUAAUUCAUCGUAUGACAACGUAGAAAAGCGACAAGAACGAGUUAGUCAAACUACGAGUUCAACGAAUAUGAUAACGACAUUGGAUCCGAAAGAAAAUCGAAUAUAUGGUCCGUCUGAGUCGCAAGCGAUAUCGAAAGCAAAUGAUAAUGACCACGAAAGGUGUAACAAAAGCUUCAAGGAACAAAUCGAUCCACUUCUAUCACCACCUAGACUACUGGUACUGAAAAAUCGUGAAAAUGUUGGUGAUUCUAGCGUCACAGGUUUGGCAAUACGAACUUAUGCACUUGAACUUGCUACUGACAAGACAACCACCUUCUCUCAGAAUAUCGAAAACUUUAUUCAAUGUACGAAGGAAGGUAAAGAGGCUUCGCCCCAUAUUGUUAUGCGUAACAUGCGUCAAUUCAUGUCUGGCAUGAAGAAUUAUUUGGUUAAACACGGGGAACGAGAGUUCGAAAAAGAAGUAGAGAAAGAGCGAUUAAAACUGAAAGCCAAUGAAUUUCUUAAUCUGGAUGCGAUACUUGAGAAUGUUAUGAUGAGCUUGGUUGUAAGGCCAUUACGCGAACAUGUUUAUAAUCUCUUUGUUGAACAUUAUACAGCGAAUGACUCAAUACAAACUCUUGUUGAAAGCAUACAACUUGCACAAUCAAAACCUAUACAAGAUUUCGGUGUCCGGCCCAAAAUUAUUCCUCCAACAGAGGCAAGUUUGAAUCGCAUUUUAAGGUACAUCGAAAGAUUACAAAAGGUUGAUUCCCCAUUUGAGAAACUUGAACAUCUCCUUGCCGCUAUUUCUGCCAUUAUAAAUUCGGUAAAACACGCGAAUUCAAGUAGAUCAGUGACGUUAGGUGCUGAUGAUCUUCUACCACUUCUCGUAUGGGUCUUGGUUCGAGGGAAAAUCAUCGAUGCAGAAAUCGAAGCUGAAUAUAUGUGGGGUCUACUUCAUCCAUCUCUUCUCACUGGAGAGGGAGGUUACUACCUUACAACCCUUUCCAGUGCCGUACAUGUUUUAAAAACCUUCAAAUCUAGUCAAGGAUCUACGUCCACUACAAAUUACGGAUGUGGAACUCCAGAUUGCUCCUCUGUACUUCGUAUUCUUGUACCAGAUGAAUUACAUGGCUCUCUUAACACCAGAGUACUUCCAAUUCGACCAAAUAUGAAUACCCGCGACGUUUGUCGUAUUCUUGCCCAUAAAAUAAGAUGUACAAAUCCUCAAGAUUACGGUCUUUUUAAACUAGUCCUUGGUGAAGAAACGCUUCUUGGUGAUCAAGAAUGUCCGCAAGAAAUAUCUCACUGUCUUUUUGCAUAUAAGCGAAUCGAUGCAAAAAUUGCAUGGCCGAAGACUGCCAAUUCAGCAAGCGUCUUUAAUUUUUGACUUUUUAUUAACUGUCUGUCUCCAACGUAUCGAAAAACAUUUUUUU